AUGAGAACCAUCAGGAACGGUCUACCAAGCCUGCGACGACUACCACCACCAACUCAUCCAAACAAAUACGAGAUCCGAUCGAUCAGCAGUCAUCUCUGCCAAUUAGACCCAACACCAAGACCACCGAUCAUCUGGACGUACCUCAAAGAUUUCGUCAGGUAUCAGGAUGGACUCGAGUUUCAGAACUCACUCGUUCGGCACAAGAUCGAUAAUCCAUCUGCACCAGAUUGGCUGAUUCUCCUCCAGCACCAUCCGGUCUAUACCACCGGCAGGAGACAACAAUCUGACAAUCAACUCGAGCUGGAACGGGACAGAUUGUCUAUCGUCAAUCCAACCGCGGAUUUCUACCCCACCCUCCGUGGUGGACAAACCACUUUCCAUGGACCAGGACAACUAGUUGCUUACCCUAUCCUGAAUCUAAGCCUGAUGGAUUUGAAUACGAGGAUGUACGUGGACUUUUUGAUGAAUCUGUUAAGAUCAAUCCUGGUCCAUCCGACCUUGCCACGACCAAUCAUAAGUCUAGAUCCAUCCGAAAAUCCAGACUUGCCAGUUGGAAUCUUCAUCGGCACUCAAUGGUGUAAGAUUGCCAGCGUUGGCAUCCAAGUUCGACGAAGGAUCACGAGUCACGGGUUUGCAUUGAAUAUCGAACAAGAGUGCGAACGUGGAUUCAAAGACAUCGUAGCCUGUGGUCUCCAAAGCACUAAGCUAACCAGCAUCCAAUCCGUCCUCGCUCGGUCAUCUAGCCAAACUCUGAUCAACGUUACCGAUCUCGUCAAACCGACUGUUGAUCUAUUUGGGAAGCUGAGUGGGAAAGUGAUGAAAGAGAUGAACCAAGACUGUCGAGAGUUAGAUCCAAUCGGAUACCAACUAGUCGACAAAUUUAUCCAUUCUCAGAAAAAAUCACCCAACACCAAGCUCAUGAGCACACAUAAGUAG